UUUCAGAACCAGCUAUCGUUCUAUAUCCCUGCGAUGGAUCAGCAGACGACAUCAGACUCGAACCAUGCAUACGACAACGCUGCCUACGUCAGCAUGAACGACGGCGCCAUUCAGAAUGGCCUCAAUCCCAAGAAUAUAGAAAUAAAAAUUGAACCAAAUAUUAAUGGAUCAGAUAUUAAAAGCAAGACGAGCACGCCAUCCCCACAGUCGUCUGCGACCGAAAGCAGCAGCCAUUCUUCAGAAAAGAAAAACUCAGCCCGCUUUUCUGUUUUUGUGGUUUGUUCUGUAUUAGCGACUAUCGUGCUUGGGGCGGCCAUAUUUGUAUCGAUAUAUUUUGCAACAUCCGAUCCAGCUCAAAAUACAAACGAAGCGGCACAAAAGACAGUUGUGGGAGAGUUGACAAUAUCAAACUGGAAUUACUCCCCAGAUUUACAAGAUCCAGCAUCGAAAGAAUAUAAAAACCUGGCAUACGUUUUCUGUACAGAGAUAGAUGCUGUGUACAAACGUUCCAGGUUUGCUCACCUGUACGCGGGCUGUCAGGUGACGCAAUUUAGAGCUGGUAGUGUCCGUGUUACAUACAAAAUUGGCUUCAAGACAAACAGCGACGAGAUGGUAGGGAAGGCGGUGGAAACCCUUAAUAACGCAGUGAGGGAAGAAGGAGACGCCUUCACUGGGUGGAAAAUUGAUAUCAGCAAAGUAAAAUUUUCAGUUGCAUUAUUGACAGCAGCCACUUCUACUCCUGCGACGCCAACCCUGUCCGUUACAACAAGUCUCAAAGAGAAAAAUGUCACCAGCACAACGGGUACCACAUCCUUCGUCACAACAGGUGACACCUAUUCUACCGUGACGAAAAUAGUCUCAACUUCUACGCCAACUUCAACAGUUAAGACGACUACCGCCUCCUUGCUUCGUUCAACUGUUAUGACGCACAGUCCGGUCACUACCGUCAACACGAGCACUCCUGGCACGAGCAGCACGGCGAUACCAACGACCCCCUACCCCUGUGGUGCCUUCCAGUGGGCGUGCCUGGACGGUAGUGCCUGUGUGUGGGAGAGCUGGCUGUGUGACAGGGAGGACGACUGCAGUGACGGCUCCGAUGAAAUGCAAAACUGCGUGUGCACGGACACCGAGUUUAGAUGUGACAACGGGAAAUGUAUCAGACCAUCUCUUAAAUGUGACAACAGAAACCAGUGUGGUGAUUACUCAGAUGAAGCUGGAUGUCCGUGUUUGGUGAACCAGUUCCGCUGCCAGACGACCCCCCUCUGCGUCCACGAGGAUCACUGGUGUGACGGCACUCCUGACUGCCCGGAUGGGAGUGAUGAGCUUCAAAACUGCACCUGCCUGUCCAGCCAGGGAAAAUGUUCGUCUGGUCAGUGUAUACCGGGGUCCAAACUGUGCGACCGACGACUAGAUUGUCAGGACCGUAGUGAUGAAACCUGGUGCCCAUGCGGGUCAUGGGAGUUCCGGUGUGAGAAUGGCCUUUGCUAUGAUAAAAGUCGUUGGUGUGACGGCAAAGAUGACUGUUUUGACGGAAGUGAUGAAAAGCCUAAUUGCACUUGUCUAAGAGAACAAACCAAGUGUAAAACAAGCGGCAAGUGUAUUAUGGACUAUCAGAUAUGCGAUGGAACUGAACACUGCGAGGACGGGAGUGAUGAAAUGAAUUGCAAUUGCUCAGUGACCCAGUUUCAGUGUGGCACUGGACAGUGUAUUGAGGUUCAAAAGUACUGUGAUGGCGAUCCCGACUGCCCGGAUAACAGUGAUGAACCUGGACUGAAAUGUGUACUGGUCUUCAAGGAACGGUUGUCAUGA